AUGGGUUCGCGCUUUAUUGCCUCAGCUCCUCGCAGACGGACCUUAACUACGUACCACGGGUUUAUUUGUUUUGGUUUUCAGUGUACAAUUAUUUAUAGCAGAGAAGAAGGAACAGACAUCUUCGCAGACAUCAUCGCCGUGUUGUUUUGUAAGGAAAAGAUGGAGAUGAAGCACAAGCAAGCGG